AGAUUUUAUUUUCCCUCGGAUAUUCUUAACAUGAUUGCAUAACACAAUUGGAUAAAACCCCUUGAUUCCACCAUUGCGGGUAUAUAAGAUAGCCGUACCCUGGACCUGUAGGAACAUGCACCAAGUACUUAUCAAAAACUGUAUUACCUUUCAACAUGCCUACAAAGUUGAUUGUCGUUACCGGUGUCACUGGUGUUCAAGGUGGCUCCGUCGCUCGCUUGUUUGCUCAAGACCCAAACUGGCGCGUUCGGGGCAUAACUCGCAAUCCGGACAAGGCUUCUAACGUCUCUCUGCGUGAGUCAGGCAUUGAGCUCGUGGCCGGCGAUUACGACGAUGUGGCAUCGUUAGACAGGGCCUUCAAUGGAGCUAACGCCAUCUUUGGAACCACUGAUUUUUGGCAGUUCGUCAAAGAUCCGCAGGUGGCCGACGAAGCCAAGAGAAGGGGAAAGCAAAUCAAUGAGAUUGCCUUCGAGCGUGAAGUCCAACAAGGAAAGAAUAUCAUCGACGCUGCUGCCAAGCAUGUGUCAACUCUAGACCGAGUUGUAUUGUCCACCCUGAGCAACAGCAAGAAGUGGAGCCAGGGCGAAAUUCUCUGGAAUCUGCAUUUUGAUGGCAAAGCUCAGUACACCGAGUAUUUGCAACAAACAUACCCAGAUCUAGCAGCAAAGACGAGCUAUUUCCAAAUUGGAGUCUAUCUCAGCAACUGGUGGAACCCAAUGCAGAGACCGGAGAAACAAGCCGAUGGUACUUUUGUUCUGCAUGUCACCGCAGGCUUUGGAGACCAGCCAGUUCCUUGGGUUCAUGCUCAAACCGAUACGGGGUACCUGGUUAAAGCUCUCAUACACGCCCCACCCGGCACUGUGAUUCUAGGAUGCAGCCGCCUCAUGCAUUAUGACGAAUACUGGAAGCUGUGGGCUGACAUCAAAGGAGUUAAACUUGUCGUCCAAGUGGACAAAGAGUUCCAUUCCGCUGGAGCUCCUGACUGGUUGGCGAGAGAAAUGUACGAGAGCAAGCUAUAUGUCUCAAAGUAUGGGUGGGCAGGAGGUGAUCCAAAUGUCAAGAAACCAGAAGAAGUGGGCGUGGAGAUGGACAAACUGAUGGAUAUUGAACGCUACAUGAGGGAAACAGAUUAUGCAGGUUUUAUGUAAGUAGACGACCUCUUGCCGGGGUUACCUCUGCCUAAAAAGCAUGGACAUUACAUAGCUCUCAAAUUAU